GACAAUUUAGCUUGUGGACUCGAACAGUAUUUCUCUUUCUUCUUCCAUGAACUUUCAUUCUUUCCUCUUGCCUCCAACCCAAUAAAAAGGAAAAUUGCUUGCCAGAGGAGAAGAACAGUCAUUUGCAACCAAAGACCCUUUCUUUUCGUUCUUAGCCUCCUUGUAACUUUGCCAGAUCCAGUCCAGAAAUGGCUUCUAGCAGCUCCUUGAAAGCGUCGUCUUCCACUUCUAAUUGUGAUGGUUAUAAUUAUCAUGUGUUCUUGAGUUUUAGAGGUGAAGACACCCGCCAGACUUUCACUGGUCAUCUUUAUGCUAAUUUGGUUGCACGUGGAAUUCACACCUUCAGAGAUGAUGAAGAACUUGAGAAAGGAGGAGAUAUCGCAUCAGAUCUCUCGAGAGCUAUCAAAGAAUCAAAGAUUUUUAUUAUUAUUUUCUCAAAACACUUUGCUGACUCCAAGUGGUGUUUGAAUGAACUGGUAAAGAUCAUCGAUUGUAUGACAGAAAAGAAAGUGGUUUUGCCGGUUUUCUACCAUGUGGAGCCAAGAGAUGUACGAAAUCAAAAAGGAAGUUUUGAAGAUGCAUUUUCGAAGCAUGCAGAAGGUGCAGAUCAAGAGAAGAAGAAGACAAUAGAAACGUGGAAGAAUGCCUUGAAGACAGCAGCCAACCUAUCUGGAUAUCAUCUGCAAAAUCAAUCUGAGGCAGAGUUUAUUAAAAGGAUUUGUGAAGAUAUCGUUACAAAAUUGAAUCGUACGCCUUUAUAUAUGGGCGACAACAUAGUUGGAAUGGACUUUCAUUUGAAGCAGUUAAAAUCACUUAUAAAAGUUGAAAUCGAUGAGGUUCUCAUGGUUGGUAUCUAUGGGAUUGGUGGAAUUGGCAAAACUACCAUCUCUAAGGCUAUUUAUAAUGAUAUCUCGUCUCAAUUUGAUGGUAGUAGCUUUCUUGGAAAUGUUGGGGGGAAAUGUGAAAAUGAUCUACUUAAAUUACAAAAGACACUUCUUCAAGAUAUCUUAAAGUGUGAAAGGCCAAAAUUCAAUGAUAUUAACCAAGGAAUCACUGUGAUAAAGGAAAGGCUUCGAUCGAAAAGAGUCCUUAUUGUUCUCGAUGAUGUGGACAAGUACAUGCAAUUAGAAAACUUGGCCGGAAAAUAUGGUUGGUAUGGUGCAAAAAGUAUAAUCAUCAUAACAACUAAAGAGAAAUAUUUGUUAGAACAAUAUGAAGUAAAUGUAUUUUAUGAAGUACAAAAAUUGAAUCAUGAAAAAUCUACUGAGCUUUUCAAUUGGUGGGCCUUCAAGCAAAAUACUCCCAAAACUGGAUUUGAAAGCCUUUCAAAUAGUGUAGUGGAGUAUGCUGAUGGCCUUCCAAUAGCACUUAAAGUUUUGGGUGUUUCUCUCUUUAAGAAGUCAACAGAGGAAUGGGAAAGUGAAUUGCAGAAACUACAAGAAAUGCCUAACAAAGACGUCCAAAGUGUGCUUAAAGUAAGUUAUGAUAAAUUGGAUGGUAGAGAAAAAGGGGUAUUCUUGGAUAUUGCAUGUUUUUUUAGAGGAAAAGACAAAAAUUUUGUUUCAAGAAUAUUAGGAAGUGUUGCAGAGGCUGUAAUAAGAAAUCUGGAAGAUAGAUGUCUCAUUACUAUUUCAGAAAACAUUUUAGAUAUGCAUGAUUUAUUACAACAAAUGGGUCGGGCAGUUGUUCGUCAAGAGCCUGGAAAAAUGAGUAGACUUUGGGAUCCUAAAGAUGUUGAGAGCGUGUUAACAAGAAAUACGGGGACUAAAGCAAUUGAAGGACUAUUUGUAAAAGUUUCUACAUUAAACCAAAUACAAUUUCCUGCAAAUUUUUUCGCGAAGAUGAGAAGUCUUAGAUUGCUCAAAGUCUAUGAUAUGAUUGUGGGUGAUUUGGAUGAUUUUGUGGUGGACCUUCCCAAGGAUUUUGAAAUUCCUUCCUUUGAGUUAAGAUAUCUCCAUUUUGAGGGAUACCCUUUACAAUUCUUACCAAGGAAUUUUCAUGCAAAGAAUCUUGUAGAACUUGAUUUAAUCGGUAGUAGCAUAAAACAACUUUGGAAAGAGAAUGAGAUUCUUGACAAGUUGAAAGUCAUCGACCUUAGUUAUUCAAAGGAUCUCGUUGAAAUCCCAAACUUUUCGAGUGUACCAAAUUUGGAGAUUCUAAUUCUACAAGGGUGCACAAGACUUCAGAGUCUUCCAAGGAAUUUUCAUAAAUUGGAACAUCUUCGAAGUCUCUCUUGUGCGGACUGUUCAGAGCUAAAGAGUUUUCCGGAAAUCAAGGGAAAUAUGAGCAAACUAAGAGAGCUUAAUUUAAGUGGAACGGCUAUUAUAGAAGUACCAUCCUCAAUUGGACGUCUAAAGGCUCUUCAACACCUAGAUUUGUCUUAUUGCAAAAGCCUAAGAAGUCUUUCGGAGAGCAUUUGCAAUUUGAGCUCUCUUGAAACUCUCAUCUUGGUAGGGUGUUCAAAUUUAAAGGGCUUUCCAGAAAUCAAAGAUAUGGAAAAUCUAAAAAGGCUUGAUUUGAGUUUUACAGGUAUAGAAGAGCUUCCAUCCUCAAUUGGACAUCUAAAGGCUCUUAAACACUUGAAUUUGAAAUGUUGUACAGAGCUUGUGAGUCUUCUGGAUAGCAUUUGCAAUUUGAGCUCUCUUAAAACUCUCAUCUUGGAGGGGUGUUCAAAUUUAAAGGGCUUUCCAGAAAUCAAAGAUAUGGCAAAUCUAAAAAGGCUUGAUUUGGGUAGAACAUGUAUAGAAGAGCUUCCAUCCUCAAUUGGACGUCUAAAGGCUCUUCAACACCUAGAUUUGUCUUAUUGCAAAAGCCUAAGAAGUCUUUCGGAGAGCAUUUGCAAUUUGAGCUCUCUUGAAACUCUCAUCUUGGCGGGGUGUUCAAAUUUAAAGGGCUUUCCAGAAAUCAAAGAUGAUAUGGAAAAUCUAAAAAGGCUUGAUUUGGGGGAAACAGGUAUAGAAGAGCUUCCAUCCUCAAUUGGACGUCUAAAGGCUCUUCAACACCUAGAUUUGAAAUGUUGUACAGAGCUUGUGAGUCUUCCGGAUAGCAUUUGCAAUUUGAGCUCUCUUGAAACUCUCAUCUUGGCAGGGUGUUCAAAUUUAAAGGGCUUUCCAGAAAUCAAAUAUGAUAUGGAAAAUCUAAAAAGGCUUGAUUUGGAUAGAACAGGUAUAGAAGAGCUUCCAUCCUCAAUUGGAUGUCUAAAGGCUCUUCAACACCUAGAUUUGUCUUAUUGCAAAAGCCUAAGAAGUCUUUCGGAGAGCAUUUGCAAUUUGAGCUCUCUUGAAACUCUCAUCUUGGCAGGGUGUUCAAAUUUAAAGGGCUUUCCAGAAAUCAAAUAUGAUAUGGAAAAUCUAAAAAGGCUUGAUUUGGAUAGAACAGGUAUAGAAGAGCUUCCAUCCUCAAUUGGAUGUCUAAAGGCUCUUCAACACCUAGAUUUGUCUUAUUGCAAAAGCCUAAGAAGUCUUUCGGAGAGCAUUUGCAAUUUGAGCUCUCUUGAAACUCUCAUCUUGGCGGGGUGUUCAAAUUUAAAGGGCUUUCCAGAAAUCAAAGAUGAUAUGGAAAAUCUAAAAAGGCUUGAUUUGACGGAAACAGGUAUAGAAGAGCUUCCCUUCUCAAUUGGACGUCUAAAGGCUCUUCAACACCUAGAUUUGUCUUUUUGCAAAAGCCUAAGAAGUCUUUUGGAGAGCAUUUGCAAUUUGAGCUCUCUUGAAACUCUCAUCUUGGUGGGGUGUUCAAAUUUAAAGGGCUUUCCAGAAAUCAAAUAUGAUAUGGAAAAUCUAAAAAGGCCUGAUUUGGGUAGAACAGGUAUAGAAGAGCUUCCAUCCUCAAUUGGUCGUCUAAAGGCUCUUCAACACCUAGAUUUGUCUUAUUGCAAAAGCCUAAGAAGUCUUUCGGAGAGCAUUUGCAAUUUGAGCUCUCUUGAAACUCUCAUCUUGGCGAGUUGUUCAAAUUUAAAGGGCUUUCCAGAAAUCAAAGAUAUGGAAAAUCUAAAAAGGCUUGAUUUGAGGAAAACAGGUAUAGAAGAGCUUCCAUCCUCAAUUGGACAUCUAAAGGCUCUUAAACACCUUGAUUUGUCAUGGUGCCAAAACCUUGUGAAUCUUCCGGAGAGCAUUUGCAAUUUGAGCUCUCUUAAAACUCUCAUCUUGGCGGGUUGUUCAAAUUUAAAGGGCUUUCCAGAAAUCAAAGAUGAUAUGGAAAAUCUAAAAAGGCUUGAUUUGGGGGAAACAGGUAUAGAAGAGCUUCCAUCCUCAAUUGGACAUCUAAAGGCUCUUCAACACCUAGAUUUGUCAAGGUGCAAAAGCCUAAGGAGUCUUCCGGAGAGCAUUUGCAAUUUGAGCUCUCUUGAAACUCUCAUCUUGGAGAGGUGUUCAAAUUUAAAGGGCUUUCCAGAAAUCAAAGAUGAUAUGGAAAAUCUAAAAAGGCUUGAUUUGGGGGAAACAGGUAUAGAAGAGCUUCCAUCCUCAAUUGGACGUCUAAAGGCUCUUCAACACCUAGAUUUGAAAUGUUGUACAGAGCUUGUGAGUCUUCCGGAUAGCAUUUGCAAUUUGAGCUCUCUUAAAGCACUUGAUGUCCAGGAAUGUCCAAAACUGGAGAGAGUGGAGGUGAACCUAGUGGGAUCUUUGUAUCUAACUUGUUGGAUUCUAAACCAAAGUGUAAUCUGGUCGAGCGGUGGUGAUCAACGGGUCGCCGAAGUGGAAGGAGAGGUCCUUAACCAUCAUGUUUCCUCCCUGUCAUCACUGGUAGAAUCAUGUACAAGAGACUACAGAGACAUCUCCGGUGAUAGUUUCCACCUAUCUGCACUGCAAGUAUUAUCCGUAGGUAACUUCAGUCCAAUUCAAAGAAGAAUCCUCAGUGAUAUUUUCCGCCAAUCUUCAUUGGCAAGUGUAUCUCUUCGUAACUGCAAUCUAAUGGAAGAAGGAAUCCCUAGUGGUUUUUGGAACCUAUCUUCACUGGUAAAUUUAUCUCUAAGUAACUGCAGUCUAACGGAAGGAGAGAUCCUCAAUCGUAUUUGCCAUAUUUCAUCAUUGCAAAACUUAUCUCUGGAUGGGAACCAUUUUAGUAGCAUACCUGCCAACAUCAUUCAGCUUUCUAAACUGAGAAGCCUCUGCUUGAAUCACUGCCUGAAGCUUCUACAAAUUCCAGAGCUUCCACCAAGUUUACGAGUUCUUGAUGUCCAGGACUGCCCAUGCCUGGAAACUUUAUCAAGUCCCUCAAGUUUACUUGGUUUAUCCUUGUUCAAGUGCUUCGAAUCAGCAAUUGAGGACUAUGACGGCAGGUUCUAUUGCCAGGAGAAAGUCGAAAUUUUAAUGCCUGGAAAUAAUGGAAUUCCGGAGUGGAUAAGCCAUAAGAAAAAAGGAUCUGAAAUAGUAGUAGAGCUUCCCGAGAAUUGGUGGGAGGAUAACAACUUUUUGGGAUUUGCCUUAUGCUCUGUUUUAGAAUAUGAAGAAAUUUUUGAAUUUUAUUUUGAAUAUUAUUUUGAAUUGACCUUCCAUCAUUUUUAUCCGGAUGGUAACUUAUCUGAAUCCAAGUUCCGGGAUCGAGGCGUGUUUAGCCGUAGACGUUGCUGUAAUGGUGGUGAAUCAAAUGGAGUCUUGGUGGCAUUUUAUCCUAAGGUUGCUAUUAAGAAUAAGGGUUGGUCAAAUGAAUGGAGACAUAUGAAGGCUUCAUUUCAUGGUAAACGAGAGAAAGUGGAAGAGUGUGGGCUUCAUCUUAUAUAUAAAAAACAGAGAUUCCAAUGCCACCAACCAUUGGCCUCGGUUAUUGAGUGAAAAUACAGAUUUCAAUGUUAACAGAAGUCUUGAUGAUGCAGAGAACCCACACAACAAAAAAUCAAGACUUCUCUAGUUUUCAACCUAACACACUUUUCUUCACCCUCCUAUAAGUUAUCCCAAAAUUUCAAGAAAAAAUUGAGAUCCCCAAUUGUUGGGCUCAAAGACCUAAAUUCUUUUUGUUUUUGUUAAAAAUGUGUUAGGAAUUCUCAAAAGCUAAUCUUUGGAAUGAGUUAUUGGAAGGAAAGGAGCAUAUUUAGAUAUUAAAAGUCUUUAAGUCCAAAAUUUAGAAGGAAAAAAUGGAACGCAUAUAUUAAUUAACAAAAGGUGAAAAAAAAAAAAA